GCGGUUUAUCACUUGCUUCACAUACGACAACAAUAUUACAAUUCAAGAAGAAAUCUUGUGUUCAUGUGAAUAUUACUCCUUUCUGUAUUAACAUGGCAGACGACAACAUAUUUAAACUCUUAACCAAACUGGCUCAGGAUGGGCAGCUGUGUAAGAUUAAAAAGCAAAUAGAGGAAACGAGCCAUAUUAAACAGUCUAUUAAUGAACGUUGUGGGAAAUCUGGAGACACUCUGUUGCAUUAUGCUGCCAGACACGGACAUUUAGACACCGUGAGGUAUUUUAUUGAGGAACUGAACAUGGACGUCGAGAUGCACAAUAAUGAUUAUAAACGAGCUUUACACGAAGCUGCUUCCAUGAGUCACGAGCAGUGUGUUCGCUAUCUUCUCGACAAGGGAGCAAAAAUUGACUGUUUAAAGAAGGCAGACUGGACUCCACUUAUGAUGGCGUGCACCCGCCGUAACCUUGAAGUUAUCAGACUGCUUCUGGACCACGGUGCUGACACGACGCUGCAGAAUAAAGACGGCUGGAACUCGUUCCACAUUGCGUGUCGAGAAGGCGAUCCGGCUGUGAUCGAGCACCUUCUGAACGUCAGGCCAGAAACGUGGAGGACACGGAGCAAGACACGCCGUACUCCUUUACAUACUGCUGCUCUUCAUGGGUGUCUGGCUGUUGUCAAGAUUCUUCUAGAGCGAUGUGAUUAUAAGCCUGAUGAGAAGGACAGCUGCGGAGUCACACCGUUUAUGGAUGCUGUGAGAAAUGGACAUCUGAGUGUAGCCAAGCUGCUGCUGGAGAAACACGAAGCCUGUCCAACUGCGGUGGAUAUUCUGGGAGCGCAGCCAUUACACCAGGCGUCUGUAACAGCACAAGAAGAGGCACUGCAUUUCCUUGUACAUGAGCUUAGCAUUGAUGUGAAUGUGAGAGCCACAGCAUUGGAGCUUACAGCUCUUCAUUAUGCUGCUAAGGAAGGACACACAAACACCAUUAAAACCCUGCUGCAGUUAGGGGCUGAUCUUCAUGCCAGGGAUAAGAAAGGACGGUCAGCUUUACACAUGGCAUGCAUCGGCCAGCAUGCAGUCACAGCGAGGACCCUGUUGCAGCUGGGACUCACAGACUCUGAGGACAGCAUGGGCAGUACAGCUAGACAGCAUGCCAAGAAACCAGACAUAACCAGAGUGUUCGAGACACCCGAGGAGCCAGAGACUUAACAAACAGCUAUCCAGAUAAAUGUUAUUCAAUUAGAAUACUAAAUCAGAUCUGUGUAGAUGAAUUUGAAAGAAAUCAAGUGCUUCUGUGUGGAAAUGUACACAAAUUUUGUGUUUCUUUUGAAGUAAAAGGCAGUGAUGUUUU